GCUUGACUCACUGCACACCCCGCACCGCACCGCACGCACGCCCCGUGUGAGCAAGGAAGGAGGGCGAGGGCGAGAUGGCGUCGGCGUCGGUGUCGGCGGUGGCGGAGAACGACGACCUGCUGUCGGAGAUCCUCCUCCGCCUCUCCCCGGAGCCGUCCUCCCUCCCGCGCGCCUCCCUCGUCUGCAAGCGCUGGCGCCGCCUCCUCUCCGACCCGGCCUUCCGCCGCCGCUUCCGCGUCCACCACCACCGCCGCGGCACCCCUCCGCUCCUCGGCUUCUUCGCCACGGACCGGGGCACCGUCGCCUUCCACCCCGCCCUGCCCGCCCCCGACCGCCUCCCCCGCGGCCACUUCUCCCUCGCCCUCGGCGCCGGCUACGAGACCCUCGGGUGGCGCCACGGCCUCGCGCUCUUCUACUCCGAGGCCUCCUACCAGGUCCUCGUCUGGGACCCCCUCGCCGGCGCCCGCCACCGCCUCGACAUUCCCCAGGGGUUCGAGCCCGACCCUUUGCACAACCCGAUCAACGGGGCGGUGCUUCGCGGCGCCACCGGAGACGACGCCGCCGACCGCUUCCAGGUGGUCCUGGCGACCAGCGACGGGAGAGGGCCAGCGCGCGCCUGCGUUUACUCCUCGGACACCGGCUUAUGGGGUGAUUUCAUCUCCGCGGAGCUUCCGUACGCGACCAUGCUUCAUUCCGCGCCCUCUGUGCUGGCUGGGGAUCGCAUUUACUGGCUGAUUUCUCUGACGACUAUCCUGGAGUUCGAUUUGGGCAGGCAGAGCCUAGCUUCGACAGUGGUUCCACCGGGCAUGCUUCACGGCAGCAGUCAGCAGUGCGCGGUCAUUCGGGGAGAGGGUGGUGCGAUGGGUUUCCUCGACGUGGUUGGCUUCACUGCCCAGUUAUGGAGGUGGGAGACAGACUGUGAUGGUGUUGGUUCAUGGAUGCCUGGAAGAACUGUUGAUUUGGACAGCUUACUUCCCCCAGAGCCAGAGAACCCGCUUAUGUUAUGUUAUGCGGAGGAAAACAAUGUGGCCUUCUUCUGGACAGUUCUUGGUGUCUUCACGUUCCACCUCAAGUCACUGGAGCUCAAGAGACUUUCUGAGACCGGCAUCUCUGGUUAUCAUCAUCAUCCAUUCGAAACAGUCUAUACCCCAGGCAUUGGUGGUGGACAAGAGGAACCUGAACCUGAACUUGAACCUGAACCUGUGAGGCGCUCGUGGUGGAAACGAUGGAAACAAAGCAUAAGAGGAUUAUUCUGUUUGAGCAGGUCGGCGGCAACGGCAUGAUGCUUCAUGUGUGAUAAACCACUUCGUACCGGUGAAAUCUCAUUUUGGUUGCGUUACUACAUAAUAUGGUUGUCAGACAUAUUGGUGUGCCUAUGAUGGACGUAUUACACGAACAUGCGAAUAGACAUAACAUUGCUCGUCAGGUUUAGUUGAACUGUGAAUGCGUAUGCAGAUAUCUGCGGAUUGAACCUGCGAAUAGACAUGACAUUGCUCGUUAGGUUCUUCAUUUGUAUCUCGAGGUUUAGUUGAACUGUGAAUGUGUAUGCAAAUAUCUGUGGACGGUACAGGGAAUAUCGUGAUGUCUUUUCUA